UCGAAAUAUCGGAUGCAGAAGUGUAUAAAAAGCCGUUAUUUCUCACUGCAAAUCACAGUUUCGUCGAAUCAAACUCAGACAAACAACAGGAAAGAUGAAAACAACAAUUUUGAUUCUUCUCAUACUGGGACUUGGCAUCAAUGCAAAAUCUCUGGAGGAAAGAAAAUCGGAGGAAGAGAAAGCAUUCAAACUCCUUGGCAGAAUUAUUCAUCAUGUUGGCAAUUUUGUAUAUGGUUUUAGCCACGUGUUCGGCGACGACCAACAAGAUAAUGGAAAGUUUUAUGGCCACUACGCAGAAGACAAUGGCAAGCAUUGGUAUGAUACCGGGGAUCAAUAAAAAAGUUUUAAACAGCUACGCGACUUGAAGACGGACGGACCCGGCAGAACAUUGAUAUUUCUUGUUUUCUUUGAUUAAAGGCUAGCCUUAUUACUCAGAAUAUAACACUACAUUGCAUUCAA